ACUGCGAGAUGAAGCUUUAAACUUCAGACUUGGAGGUGGGCUGCCCGCAGUAAAUGGAACGCUCUCCCUCGCUCUCUCCUCAGCACCGGAGUGAUCUGAAGCCGGACAAGCUCAGGCUGCAGCUGCUGUUGGCUUUGUGUGGACUAGACGCAGCGUUUGGGAGACGGGGGAGGGUUAUUACUCCAAUCCACAGUCAAUGGAAUUAUAGCUAUCGCAGCAGUGUAUAUAGGAUUGUUUUUCUCGUCUUCCUGGACGUGCUCAAUCCCAGUGUGUUUUAAGGGAGAAAAAUAUGAAGGAAAUUUAGAAUGCUUCCUUUUCUUCCCAUGAAGACUAUUUGAAUUGUUUUCUUUACUUCUUAAAAGAGAACACCUGUUCUUGUAUAAAGUGACUGCACCAGAAAUUCUAAGAAAGCAGCAAGAAGCAAAAGCUGGAAAUAGCUGUUUCACAGCAGGUAAUCAUACCUCAGGAUGUAGCUACUGUACAAAGUUUAUACUUGGAUAAUCCUGGAUGGGAAUAAAGGUAGGGGGUAACUGCCUGACAAACCUAUUACUAUACAGGCCUUAGCAUCAUGAAUGGCUUUCUUCACGAGGAUCUGAAGUUACUAUCUCUGACCACAUUGUACAGAAGAGCCAGUAAGAAUCUCAAAGAGGGCAAUUUCCACUAAGGGAAUUAAGCUACACAAAAGGAACCUUCACACAGAAACUCUAUCAGAAAAAGAAAACAAAACAAAACUAAACUAAACAUAGGAAGCCAUGUGUCCUACAUAGUAACAGGAAGCUGAAUUGUUUCUGACCCCCAUUUUAAUGAGCUUGCCCACCAUGCUGAACUGCAGCUGGAAUGUUCAUUGACAACAGCAACCCUGAUCUGGAGGUGUGUGCGGCAUAGGAUUACUUGAAUAAACAGUGAAGAACAUUUCCAAGGACUAAAUGAGAGUUUAUAAGUCCCAGCCCCUCACCAGGAAAAUAAUAUAUGUGCAUUGGACUUUCACCCAAGCAAAAUUCACUCACAUCGUUCAAUAAGGGCUCAUUAGUAACUGACACUACCUUGUGUAAAGACCUCAACACUGCUGACCAUGAUCAGCCCAGCCUGGAGCCUCUUCCUCAUUGGGACUAAAAUUGGGCUGUUCCUGCAAGUGGCACCUCUAUCUGUUAUGGCUAAAUCCUGUCCAUCUGUGUGUCGCUGUGAUGCUGGUUUCAUUUACUGUAAUGAUCGCUUUCUGACAUCCAUCCCCACAGGAAUACCAGAGGAUGCUACAACUCUUUACCUUCAGAACAACCAAAUAAAUAAUGCUGGGAUUCCUUCAGAUUUGAAAAACUUGCUGAAAGUAGAAAGAAUAUAUCUAUACCAUAACAGUUUAGAUGAGUUUCCUACCAACCUCCCAAAGUAUGUAAAAGAGUUACACUUGCAAGAAAAUAACAUAAGAACUAUCACUUAUGAUUCACUUUCAAAAAUUCCAUACCUGGAAGAAUUACAUUUAGAUGAUAACUCUGUCUCUGCUGUUAGCAUUGAAGAAGGAGCAUUUCGAGACAGCAACUAUCUCCGGCUACUUUUCUUGUCCCGUAAUCACCUUAGCACAAUUCCCUGGGGUCUGCCCAGGACUAUAGAAGAACUACGUUUGGAUGAUAAUCGCAUAUCCACUAUUUCAUCACCAUCUCUUCAAGGCCUCACUAGUCUAAAACGCCUGGUUUUAGAUGGAAACCUGUUGAACAACCAUGGUUUAGGUGACAAAGUUUUCUUCAGCCUCGUUAACUUAACAGAACUAUCACUGGUAAGGAAUUCCUUGACUGCUGCACCAGUAAACCUUCCAGGCACAAACCUGAGGAAGCUUUACCUACAAGAUAACCACAUCAACCGGGUGCCCCCAAAUGCUUUUUCUUAUCUAAGGCAGCUGUAUCGACUUGAUAUGUCUAAUAAUAACCUAAGUAAUUUACCUCAGGGUAUCUUUGAUGAUUUGGACAAUAUAACCCAACUGAUUCUUCGCAACAAUCCCUGGUAUUGUGGCUGCAAGAUGAAAUGGGUACGUGACUGGUUACAAUCACUACCUUUGAAGGUCAACGUGCGGGGGCUCAUGUGCCAAGCCCCAGAAAAAGUUCGUGGGAUGGCUAUCAAGGACCUCAAUGCAGAACUGUUUGAUUGUAAAGACAGUGGGAUUGUAAGCACCAUUCAGAUAACCACUGCAAUACCCAAUACACAGUAUCCUGCUCAAGGACAGUGGCCAGCUCCAGCGACAAAACAACCAGAUAUUAAGAACCCCAAGCCUAAGGAUCAGCGAACUACAGGGAGCCCCUCAAGAAAAACAAUUAUAAUUACUGUGAAGUCUGUCACCUCUGACACAAUACAUAUCUCCUGGAAACUUGCUCUACCUAUGACUGCUUUAAGGCUCAGCUGGCUUAAACUGGGCCACAGCCCAGCAUUUGGAUCUAUAACAGAAACAAUUGUAACAGGGGAACGCAGUGAAUACUUGGUUACAGCCCUGGAGCCUGACUCACCCUACAGAGUAUGCAUGGUUCCCAUGGAAACCAGCAACCUCUAUUUCUUUGAUGAAACUCCUGUUUGUAUUGAGACUGAAACUGCACCUCUUAGAAUGUACAACCCUACAACCACCCUCAAUCGAGAGCAAGAGAAAGAACCUUACAAAAACCCUAAUUUACCUUUGGCUGCCAUCAUUGGUGGGGCAGUAGCCCUGGUGACCAUUGCCCUUCUUGCUUUAGUGUGUUGGUAUGUUCAUAGGAAUGGAUCUCUAUUCUCCAGGAACUGUGCAUACAGCAAAGGGAGGAGAAGAAAGGAUGACUAUGCAGAAGCUGGCACUAAGAAGGACAACUCUAUCCUGGAAAUCAGGGAGACUUCUUUUCAGAUGUUACCAAUAAAUAAUGAACCCAUCUCAAAGGAGGAGUUUGUAAUACACACCAUAUUUCCUCCUAAUGGAAUGAAUCUGUAUAAAAACAAUCACAGUGAAAGCAGUAGUAACCGAAGCUACAGAGACAGUGGCAUUCCAGACUCAGAUCACUCACACUCAUGAUGCUGGAGGACCCACAGUGGACUGUGUUUCGGGUUUUUUAAACCUAAGGGAGGUGAUGGUGGGAACCCUGCUCUACUGCAAAACACUGGAAAAGAGACUGAAAAAAAGCAAUGUACUGUACAUUUGCCAUAUAAUUUAUAUUUAAGAACUUUUUAUUAAAAGUUUCAAAUUUCAGGUGACUGCUGCGAUUGAUGUAGUGGAGAUGCCUGAACACAAUUCUAUAUUUUAGUAUUUUUUAGUAAUUUGUACUGUAUUUUCCUUGCAAAUAUUGAAGUUAUAAAUCAUUUACUUUGUGUUCUACUGAGUAAGAUGACUUGUUGACUGUGAAAGUGAAUUUUCUUGCUGUGUUGAACAAUCAGGACUGCGUUCACAUGAGAUCCUUGUAGUAUAAGCACAGGCCAUUUUUCACUUUGGUAUUAAUAAAAUGUAAAAAGAAAAA